AUGAACGGCGAAAGGCCCACGGCCAACGGGGACCGAAUCGCAAAUGACUCUGGACCAUCUGUCCCGGAUUCCACGCCCGAAGUUGGAUUAAAACAAGCAUCAUUGUCUCAGAAUCCGCUGCAGCCCUCUGUUGACAAUACUCAUGCCUGCGAAAAUGGAGAUGUCGAACCAAGUCAGCGCGCUUCCGACAACAGAGGCAACAAUGCUUCCCUCCAAUCCGAAGAAGCGCCGUCUGAGAUCCUACAGCUUAUCUCUCAAGACAGUUACCUGCCGAUGGCCGCCCUGAUAAAUCGGGCUUCACAAUCAUGCUGGAACUGCCUCUCUGAUUUGGUGACGCAGUUGGCUUCAAUGCCUGUCCAGGAUCUGCCACCAGAACAAACAAAACUUCUACCUAACGGCUUGCCUAACAAUCAGUCAAAGGCAAACCUCGACAAGAAGGACCGAAUACUGAAGUUCUCCAAUGAUCAAAAGGCGGAUUUUAUAAAGCUUCUAGUAUUGCUGCAAUGGAGCAAGAAUGUGGAGGAAGUGAGCAAGACCAUUUCAAUCAAUUACUGGCUUAUGAAACGCCGAGAAGCAUACUGGAAUGCUAUUGGAUCGAUGGCCCUUCUCAAGCAGGAAUCUUCAGGGUUUCAGAUACCAAAUCCCGACCUCAAAACAGCAGCCGAAGUCCUGUCAAGAGGUAGGGUGCUCAAUCUCCCCCGAUUGAACUAUAUACCGCAAAAAGACCUCUCUAGCAGACAGAUACUGCGAGUCCUCCGCUCGCUCGACCGAGCGUUGAGCGUCAAGCUAGCACUUUCGGACGACUUACCCCCUCAAUUGCGACGUUUUCGGAUUCAUGAUGGACGUGCUACUUUCAUUGUGCCCAAUGAGUUCGAACUGGAUGUCUCCAUACUAGGCGAAAGAGAAGACUCUCCAUUCCGCAUGGUUGAUUUUCGGUUCUCGUUCCAACCACACCCUCAUAUCUCCGACAGUUUACAUUCGGAGAUAGAAUUAUACGCCAAUGCCAACAUCGAUCGAGACGGGCUGAAAGGCUGUUACGACUUUCUACAUGAGCUGGCUUUGUCUUACAAAUUAGCCGAACUCCACAAACAAGCACUCGACUUAGCUCGAAACCAGUGGGCAGGCAACCUACGCGUCGAGUUGAUUCGCCGAAACCUCAUCGUGCAGUAUUGGCCUGAGAGACAACUAGGGAAAAGCUGGAUUGAGAUCGGCAUCGCUAGCGGUCGGGAGAAGCAGAAAAUGACCAAGGUGGAAUCUAGCCCUUUUCUCGAGAUCAAAUGGAUGCGACAAGGCAAAAGAAUAGACGCCCUGCAACUACACCUGAAUGAUGCGCUGCUUUGUUUCGAAGACGUUCUCCGACAGGUGAUCGCACAACAUACAACACAGAUUCUGGACAAUAUUUACGAUAAACUCAUUCUCACACCUCUGUUUGCCAACAGCGAGCUCUUCUUGGAGCAAUCGCUCUCAUUUGAGCAACCGGAAAAUUGUCUCCUAACGUUGGAACUCUCGCACUCCUCGGAUUUGCAGCUGAAAAUCGAUCCUGUGACAGGACUACUUGUUCUCAGCCCCGUUACAGAGAGAACGGAACGACUUCAGUAUGAGGCGAACCGGGUCCAAGGCGUCACCGAUGACGUCGUGUCCAAGCUCCUCAACUACAGGUGCAGCAUCAUGGAAACCAAUGUCCUUGUCGGUAUUUUGGGCACCUGUUGGGAGGUGCUGCGUUCUUUCAAGCUCAGUCAAACAGAGGCGAGAGCAUUGUUUGGAGGUCCAGUGUCGAGGAUGAACAUGCUCCGACAGAGUCUGUGGACACUGGACUAUACCCUCGCAAUCACACACGCCCCGGAUGGCGACCAUUGGUGGUUGCUGCAGCAAGCUUCCCCUGGCACCACCAAUCCCCAAACUCGUUAUAGAGUUCUUCGCAAGCAGCGGCUAGAGGUUAAAGAAGAACUGUCUUCUGCUUAUUUCGAUCGACUUGCAGAAUACCUGAUGGGGCUGAUCUUCCUGGAGCGCAAUGCCGACUUCUUCAGGGAAAGGAAGGAGAAGUUUGAUCUACGACCUUUGCCAACCUUUGGACGGCAUUAUGAAUUGCCGCAGAUAUCAUUUGACUUGGAUAUGGCUAGGCCGAGUUUUUCAAAGCAAUCCAUACCUCUCGCUGCUUCCAGCAACACCCUGUUGCAAGUGGCCAAAAACCCUCCCAAUUCUCCCGCUUCACAAAAAGGCAUCAAAGUCUGUUUCGGUGGAGUUGACCGAUCCACGAAUAAAGUCAGGGCUGUCGCCCAGUAUCACCAUCAAGCCAGUUCUUCGGUGCUUAGACGCCUGGAGAAAUCUGUACUCGAUGCAGGCGUCUCUCUCAAUCCCGACGACAAGACCGUUGUACUUCGGGUCACUACCAGUAUAGCGGAAGCUGCAAUUCCAAAGAUUGUCGACAAGGCUAUGGACGUUGAAAAGGUGGUCUCGACAGUCGAGCAGAUCCAUCGACUCCCAGGACUGAGACUGAAAACGAUAUCAAAUUCCAGUUUUACCAUAGCUUAUCACAAAGAAGCAUCUGCCGAACUAGAACUCAGGAUCGGAUUUCCAAGCGGCAAUCAAGAACCGCAACUCGAAUUCUUCCCGUCCGAGCAGAAUCCACAUCAGUUCCUGGCAGCACAGUACACGAAAUUGAUUGCCGCAAGCCGUGGGCCGUUUGCUACCAGGAUACGCGACUUCCUCACCUCGUUGACUCUGACACUUCCACUGUUAACCUAUCUUCAAAAACUUCAGCAGAAACAUGGACUGAACCUCGACGCACAACAGCAAAAGGGCCCGCCCGAGCAAGAAGAUCACCUGCGAGUGCAUAUCCUUGUGAGGAGCGCGACCGCCUUUGCGAUACAAUACUUCGCACCCGCCGGACAAGCGCCAAAAGAUGUCAAAGCCGAUUCCCAACCACAUAUGCUAGCGCGUCUGGAGAUUUUGCACCAUAUUAACGUGUCAAGGAAACCAAUGUGGCUGGUACGCGCCGCGCUUGAAGAGUUUCAAUCCUACUCUAGGCCAUCAUAUUCGACACCAGAGCUGGGGGCGAAACUCAAGCAGGAAAUCUUUACGCGUUCAGACGGGCAGUCAAAGUGGCUUGCAUUGGACAAGGCUGCCGCCUGUAUGGCAGAUCAGCCAGAGCCUUUGCUGCAGGCUAUGCAUGACCACUUGUGGGAAUGGGCUAAGAUGGCAAAAGCGUCCGAAAGCAACGUGUCCAACACCCAGCCAUUCACCAAGACCAAAGCUGGGCCAGGACACCCAAAUGCAAACAAUGCCAAUAUGCCGAAUGGUACCAAUAGUCGCCCGUCUGCUGCAAUGAAAGGCCCCGCAGGCAAGAUGCAAGCACCAGGCAGUGCGAUUCCCAAUGGGGCUAAUGUCAAAGUCCAAAGACCACCAGGCACUAUUCCUGGAGGAAGGCCGAUGCCACCAAACCACAAAGCAACCGCCAACGCCGCACAGAAACAAGAGGUCAUCAUGCUGGACUAG